GGACUGCGGCGGUUUGGCCCUGAACUGCUGUUGGGAGGAAGAGUCCGGGAACUGCUCCAGCCGCAACAUGGAGCGGGCGCCCUCGGUCCAGAGCGCAACUUCAGCCUCUCUUCCAAUCUGGGCACGGUCAUCGUAGAGCGCUGGUGGAAGGUGCCGCUGACCGGGGAAGGCCGGAAGCCGUGCCUGCACCGGAGACAUCGCGUCUACAAGCUGGUGGAGGACACGAAACACCGGCCCAAAGACAACCUGGAGCUCAUUCUUACGCAGUCUGUGGAGGAACUUGGAGUCUGGGGUGACUUGGUCUCAGUGAAGAAAUCUGUGGGCCGUAAUCAACUACUUCCUCAAGGACUGGCUGUAUACGCAUCCCCCGAAAACAAGAAGCUGUUUGAAGAGGAGAAAUUGCUGAGACAAGAAGGAAAAUUAGAGAAGAUCCAGACCAAGGCAGGUGAGGCGACAGUGAAAUUUUUGAGAAGCUGUCACCUGGAGGUGGGAAUGAAGAACAACGUCAAAUGGGAGCUAAAUCCUGAAAUAGUUGCACGCCACUUCCUCAAGAAUCUUGGUGUUGUGGUAGCCCCACAUGCAUUAAAGUUACCAGAAGAGUCCAUCACACGGUGGGGCGAAUACUGGUGUGAGGUGACGGUAAAUGGGCUUGACACUGUGAGGGUGCCUAUGUCUGUGGUGAACUUUGAGAGGCCCAAAACUAAAAGAUAUAAGUACUGGUUAGCCCAGCAAGCUGCCAAAGGAAUGGCCCCCACCAGCUCCCAGAGGCUCUGAACCUUCCCUCCCUCCAGGGCAACAAGAUGCCUUCAAGAUCCCAGUGUUCUGCAAAGCAGAAUCAGAGGAGCAUUGGAGCAAAGAUGGGCCAGCACCCUGAUCUUACUCCCAGCUCUGACUAAAUAUGGAGUUUUAGAGACCAUACAGGGACAUCAGACUGAACUGCACACACAUGUUGAAUUCUCUGUGUUUUUCAACUCUGUCUUAAACUGUCAUCACAUCCCCCCUUAUUGGGGCAGUCCUGCUCAAGAAAUACCAGUCUGUAAAUUUGAUAAGCUGGAUAUUAAUGGACUGAAAUAGUAACCUCUUCAUCCUCUCUCAGAUCUAACAGAACAAGCAGAAAGAGCUAGCUUUUGUUUUAG